AAAAAAGAAGAUAUUGAUAAGAAUGAAAAUAAAGUAUCUAACAAAGAUAUGAAGCCUGAUACACCAAGUUGUGAGACAAGUUUAUUUAAAUGGUUCUGGAAUAAUAUGAGUUGUGAUGAUUCUGCAGAGAAAGAAGAAAUUGAAGUCAAAAAAAAUAAUAAUGGGGAUAAAGCUGCAGAUGGUAAAGCUAAAUUCAUUAGAAUUGAAAUAGAAAAUUUUGAAGAAAUACAUGAAGGCAUGAUAGGCAUAAGAAAUGCAGUAGAUAAGUUGGAUAUAACAGAGUGA